GACUCCUUUGUUGCUGCGCGCCCGUAGCGAUGAGCCUGUAGUUUGUCUGGAUCCGAUAGCGCCAUAUCGCCAGUGAUGCGUCCUACCCUGCUGGCUGGACAUGUAGCGCCUGGAAUGCUCAGCGAUGUAGUUCCCGUAUACGGUUAUAUGGACGAAUAGUCUAUUGUGCUGGUGAUUUUAUCCGCUAUAGAUAUAGAUAUCUCAGACGUGUGAGAUAUUGGAUUGUGUAUGUGCAUGUGAGGAAUGUGUAGAUCUUCAUUUCGCCUGGCAAAUACUCGCGUUAACGAAUGAUCUGAUACUAGCAAGCGUUAACGAUGGAUGAUGCUGAUUUGAUGCUUAGUGUGUAUCGGCUGAGAAAUGAUCAGAACUAGCACCCCUAUCGUCAUCGUAUCGGGGCAACCAGCUGCUGCUCUCGCUGUCGCUGGGCUCACAUCGUAUGAUGGCAUUGUGCAAUCGAAUAGCGUGAGUCAACGCGCGCCAGUCGUGAUAGGGGCAGCCGACGUCAAUACGUGUGUUUGACCAGCGCUGUUCUAGUAGCGCGUACCGCACGCAUUCACGCGUAGUUGUUGCGUAUACUAGACUUGAGUGUUCACACCAAAGAAUCGAAGAUGUUUUCGCGGCAGUCUUCCGCUGUCUCCAAGCUGGGCAGCUUCAGUCACAACGACCUGGAGGCUAUUCCUGAAAAUCAGAUGGCUGCGCUGGAUAAGAGGGCAUCCAUACAGAACGAUCGAAAACGACAGCACUACAUAUCAGAAUGCCCGACAGUCGCCACCGAAUUCCCAGAUUUCGAGGAAAACCUGAUUCCAACACCCCCGGACGGCGGGUGGGGUUGGAUCAUCGUGGCUGCGUCAUUCAUGUGCAAUCUCAUCGUAGAUGGCAUCUGCUAUAGCUUCGGUAUCUGGCUCGUCGAGUUUAUCGACUACUUUAAGGAAGGCUCUGGCAAGACAUCGAUGGUGGGAUCGCUAUGUGCUGGCUUUUACCUCAUCAUGGGUAGGUUAUAUAAGUCACAUAGUUCAAGGAAUGCAACGUGUUCCCAGCGUAUAA